AUUCAGUGGGGGCUGGACUAGCUGGUGCAUAUCCCCUCGCUGAAAACUAACACACACACAGUCACAGUCCAGGCUGGUUAAUCCAGUUCCAUGCAUUGUACCUGACGUAUCCCAGUCCAUUCCGAGAGGAACUUCUCUAUCCUGGAUUUCCUAAUCGCUGCUGCUGGUUGGCUACAUUGUAUCAGUUCCCACACGAAGAACCAGCACGGCGCUCAUCCAGAGACGGUGAAUACGGAGGAAUUAACCUGGAUUGAAAGCUAUUCGCUGUGGGAAUAAUUGACAGAGGGUCGCUGGAGAGGACAGGACUUGUGUCUGGCUUGAGACGGCACCGAUAAAAAUGCGCUCGGGACUCGGCUGUUUACGCUGUGGACGGUAUCUCGAAGUGUGAUGGCAGAAGUCCAGUGAAUCGCUGGCCUCCCCUCCUCUCUUGUGUUGGAUGUCUUGGGGAGUGCGCUGCCACUGCUUUCUGGUGCUUCAGAUUUUUUUUAGAGGUUUUCUUAUAAGUAAAGCAUAAUUACCGUUGAUUUGUUCUUUUUAUGGAGCAUACACCACCAUGGGCAGACCACGGUUUGGAAUAGGAGUGUCUAGCUAAGUCGGUAAGGUAAAAUGUGGUUAAAUGGGACAGGAACAAGUAGACCGUGAGGAUUCUCUAACCCUUGCCCCUGUGUCCCAACCGUCUAAGAGGGUGUCGGACCUCACUGAGGCAAUCCUGGGCCGUUGGCACUAAAAUGUCCCUAAGUGGUGGCACUGCAGGCGGGAAAGGUGUGGACUCUAAUGCGGUGGACACUUACGACAGCGGGGAUGAGUGGGAUAUCGGUGUUGGAAAUCUGAUUAUUGACCUUGACGCUGACUUAGAGAAGGACAAACUUGAGAUGUCUGGCACCAAGGACGGUAUGGCGGCACCACCAAGUGCAGUUGCGGCAUUGCCUGACAACAUCAGGUUUGUUAGUCCAGUGUCUGGCUCUCAAGGCAAGGAAAGUAAAUCCAAAUACAAGCGCAGUAAGAACUCUAAAGACAAUAAUAACAAAGCUUCAGCUGGAGAUGGGGGUAAAAAAGAAACUACAGGGCGGACUCAAGGGGAGCCAACAGGCACAGCAGCAAGUGCAGCAGCUGCUGGCAACAAUUCCACCUCUGGGAAGAACAUGGAAAAAGUGGGAAAAGCCUCCAGAGGUGUUCUCGGCGGUAAAAAAGAGAAAGACGGGGCUAGUGGGAAAAGCAAGAAGGACAAAACAGAUGGCGCCCCUGUCGUUGCAAUAGGUGUCACAGAGAAGGACGUUGUCUCUCAAGCCCAGGUUGCUUUGGGAAAUAGUCGUAACGCAUCCUUUGAGAACACGCAAUCAGCAGACUUGGCAGAUGCCAAUCAAAUGGGGAAUAUUGCACUUGAACCUGUUGGGAUAGUACCAGCACUGACUACAAAAACUGAACCAGAGGAGGUGGAGAAUGGUAAUGGAGAAUGCAAGACGUUAAAGAAGGUAAAAAAUGAAAAGAUGGAAUCUCCUGUCUCCACGCCAGCUCCACCCCCCCUCCACCUCCUGGCCACAGUAGGCAACAGUGAGAUUGCCUCACCAUGCGAGCAGAUAAUGGUGCGCACACGCUCGGUGGCGGUGAACACAUCAGACGUGGCCCUGUCUACCGAACCGGAGUGCUUGGGGCCCUGUGAGCCUGGAACCAGUGUCAAUCUUGAAGGCAUAGUGUGGCAGGAAACCGAAGACGGCAUGCUAGUGGUCAAUGUUACUUGGAGAAACAAGACAUAUGUGGGCACCCUGUUGGACUGUACACGGCAUGACUGGGCUCCCCCGAGGUUUUGUGAAUCCCCUACAAGUGAUCUGGAGAUGAGGAAUGGUCGCGGUCGGGGUAAACGAAUGAGACCGAAUAGCAACACUCCUCUCAACGAAAACAGCAACUCAUCAGACAGCAAGGGCACCACCAAUAAUAAGACACGCGCAGCCUCUAACAGCAAGGGUCGGAGGGGCAGUCAGACACCAUCAGAGCGCCGUACCCCACCAAACAGCAACACCGAGGACAUCAAGGCCAGUCCCUCUUCAGCCGGAAAACGAAAGACCAAGCCAACCUCAGACAUGGAACCCAAUUCCAGUUCAGAGGACACAAAAGGCAACAAACGCAUGCGGACAAAUUCCAACAGUGGAGGGGUGGGACCUACAGGCCUUCCUAUCCCUUCUAUUAAGACUGAGCCACUUCCACCUCCCCUCGAUCGUAGCUGCCCUUCCCCUGUUCUUAUUGACUGCCCACACCCUAACUGCAACAAAAAGUACAAGCACAUUAACGGUCUCAAGUACCACCAAGCCCGCGCUCACAAUGAUGAUGACAUUAAGUUGGACUUAGAUGGUGACAGCGAAUAUGGGGAGGACUCAACUCUCCAUCCUGAACCAGGUAACUGUAAUGGAGCAUCUAUCUCUCAGAAAGGAUGCCUGUCUCCAGCACGUUCAGCCACUCCAAAAGGCAGGAACUUUGAUGCUCAAAGUCCUUCUCCAUCUCCUGGCAAGUUUGGUUCAAAGCAGAGUAAAAAGAAAAUUGCUGAAACGGAUGCUGAAACAGGCGGUACACCGAUGGAUGGGUGUGAGGAUGGGCCUUGCCUCACAGAUGAGGCUAGUAACGAUGGUAUAGAUGAUAAGAGAGGAUCGGAGAAGUCUAAAAAGGCUAACACAAGUGCAAAAACAGAUAAGAAAAACUUGAAGUCACCACGGCCAAUUGGCCCUGGCCCAACAGCAACCCAGCAGAUUUACUCUUUUCCUCCUGGAAACCCAAAUUCUUCCCCGGGGCUUACCCAAAUGAUGCAAGGAAUCCCUAAGAGUCCCCAAAUGAAAGGCACACAGCCUAAGCCCCCUGCCAUUGGAGAUCCUGCCUCCAGUAGCUCCAAAGACAAGAAGAAGAAAGACAAAAAGAAAAAAGAUGGUGGAAAGGAAGCUGAUAGCCCCAAGCCUCCAGGAAAGGGAGGAAAACUGGAGGAAGGAAAGCUUCCGUACUCAGAGCCUUGCGAUCAGGGGAGUAAGGGGGAAGGGCUUCUUAACGGCUCGUCAGAAACUCAUCAAAGUCGCUUGGCCAGUAUAAAGGCUGAAGCUGACAAGAUUUACAGCUUUUCUGACAACGCCCCAAGCCCAUCCAUUGGUGUUGCCAGUCGAAUAGAUGGUAGUGGGAUUCCACAGACUCUCACGCCACUUCACGUAGUGAACCAGAAUGGUGCUGACAACUCUUCAGUCAAAACCAACAGCCCAGCAUAUUCAGACAUUUCAGAUGCUGGUGAAGAUGGUGAAGGGAAACUAGAAGCUGUUAAAGUCAGGACAGAGGACCAAGCCAUCAGGGAAAGUGUCAAAAAGGCACUGUUUCCAAAUCAGACACCCAACAAAGAUUCUCCUUACUAUCCUGGGUAUGACACUUAUUACUCACCCAAUUAUGUCAACCCCAGUCCUGGUGGGCCCAAUCCAGGUACAACAGCUGCCGAAGGUCAGGUAAAGAUUAAAAGGGAUGAUGAGCAGGAUCAAGUUGAGGAAAAAGUCAAGGUUGAGGUUCAUGAAGAUCGCAAACCUGACAGCACUGCUCCUGCACAACAGCAGCAGCAACCCUCAGUCAUCCAACAGCGAUCUAACAUGUACAUGCAGCCUCUGUACUACAACCAGUAUGCUUACGUCCCUCCGUACGCAUACCAUCCUGAUCAAGCCUACCUGAUGAGCACCAACCCAGCCUACCGGCAACCGUAUGAGGAACGCCAGCGACAGAUGGCUGAGCAGCAUCGUGCUGCUGAGAAGAAGUCAGAUGUGGCCAUGAAAGAGCGAGAAUCUUCCAUGAAGGAUGAGUGGAAACAAAAAAGCCUGAUGCCGCCAAGCCUUUCCAAAACCCCAAGUCAGUCAGACCUUGGAAAGGCGCAGCAGCAACCAAACAAAUCCAGGGAUUCCCCCUCUGAGCCGACCUCCAAAUCCGUGGGAACCAUAAAGGGGGAGGACUCAAAGUCCCAACAACCAGAGGGACUAAAGAUGAAGCUGACUGAAGGAGGUCACCAUGGAAAGGAAGAUCCCAAGCAAGCACUUGAAUCCAGAGGUCAGGCAGGGCUGGAGCAGGCCAUGUGGUUCAGACAGCAGUACCCUGAGAGCCAGAAGUCUCAAGCAGAAGAUGAGCACCAGCAACAACAUGCUCGAUGGAAAGACCGGGAACAUGAUCGUAAAUUGAAGGAUGAAAGGCCCAGGCCCAAGGACAGUCAAAGUGGGCCCAAGGAGGACAGCAAAGAGAGCAGUGAUCCCAGAAUCACUUCUGAAGAUCAUCGUGCUAUGAGCAAAGACUCUCGUUCUAAUCCCCACAUGCAGUUCUCAUCACCACUAGCACAGCACCAAGGCUACAUGCCCUACAUGCAUGGUUACCCCUACGGACAAGGCUAUGACCCCAACCACCCUGGAUACAGGGGAAUGCCUUCGGUCAUGAUGCAGAAUUACCCAGGUUCUUAUCUACCUGGAGGUUAUCCCUUUUCCCCAUAUGGGAGUAAAAUUGCCGGAACCGAGGAAGGCAGUGACAAAUCUCGUGCUAGCCCUACUGUCACCAAAACGGCAACAGACUCGAAAGCCCUGGACAACCUACAUCUGCAUACCAGCCAGUACAAGAGCAAAUCGCCCACAGUAGGUGACAAGCCACCCCACGACAGGGAAAGAGAGCAGGACAGGGGAGCUUCGGGAGACAGGGAUCGGGAGAGGGAGCGAGAUGUGGACCGACCGCGAUCCUCACCCUCCCAGCGGAUCAUGCCCUCUCACCACCACCUGGGAUAUCCCCUGCAAUAUGACCUGUCCUACGCCACAGGAAAACCUGACCGUCACACCUCAACCCUGCAAAGAUUCAUAUGACUGGAUCACAUGAGAACAAGAUCUCCCGGGUGUUACCUUUUAGACAUCAGUUGAAUGGUGUUUCUAUCUAUAUUUUUUAGUUCUUCUGUCCCAAGGAAAGGCAGACUGUUGUUGCUGUUGUUGUUGUUUUUUUUCUCCCUCCCCCUCCUCUCGUUAAAGACCCCAAAUUCUCCAAACCUUGGUCUGUACCAGAACUGAUAAUAUAACCCAGGUUCAAAGCCAUCACUCUGCCCUGUCACGCAGAGGAAACACCAACCCGCUGAUUAUCUAGUCUUUGCACUGUCAACAAAUGCAAUGCAAAAAGAGACUAUUGGACUGCCAGAACAGCUUUUUGUUGUUGUUUUUUGUUGUUGUUGUAUUUUUCUCCUUGGACUGCAUUGUUUCUUGUUUUGUUCUUGUUUUCUUUUUUUUUGUCACAUGCAGAAAGAAAUUGGCAGGUGAUUUUAGGAAGUUGGGUGGCUGAUGGGAAAGAGGGGUCAAACUAAAUUAAAGACUGUUUAAAAAGAAAAGAAGAAAAAAAGAAAAAUGAUUUAACGUUGAAAUUGUUUUCAACUCUGUCUUUGGCUUCUCGUAUGCCAUGAAACAACAGUAUAUCCUUAACUUGACAAAUUGUUGGCUAUAUUUCGUGGGGAGAGGGAAUAUGGCAGAAGCUGCUUUCAUCAGAGACUUGAGAGCCUGAGACUGAAGUUUUUGUUUUUUUGUUUUCAACUUUCCAUCAUCGUUUCCCCAUCCUCCUCGAACCCUCACGUCGUGUUUCAGGGAUGAUGUCGUCACGUUCUGCGAAGGGACCGCGUACACCUCAACGGAGAAUAAACACUAUUCAUGUUUCCUUCACUUCUGCUCCAUAUCAUUGCGCUCAUCUUCGAAUGUGUCUGAUGCUGGUAUCGGUCCCGUCAUCUUUUCCUCACACCGCAAAGGGGUCGCCUCCGUUUUUGCCACUCACUCAAACAGUGAAGCCACAUUAGCGAGCAAUCCGUUCACGGGACGCUCCGUCGUCACGCUCAUCGGGCUGCUGGUGUGUGUUCUGGUGUUUUUGGUUUUUUUUGUUUUACUGUAAGAUUGUGCUUCUUCAAGCUUGUCAAGUUUUGAUUGUUUCCUGUAAACAAUGUGAAAGUUCACCCAUGUAUUUUUCUGCUGUAAUAUAGACUUUUAUCCUACUUUUAUGUGCAUAAAUGUUUAUAUUUAUCCCAGCACGCAACUGCUUAAAAAACUGUUAAAUAGCUUUCACUGCUGCGUUUACCAUUAUGCGCUCAGAUGGUCACUGUUGCUGUGGAGUUCCUGAACGUCUUGUGUGCUUCUUUAUUUCCCCCACAGGCUUUGCUUGACCUUAAACUUGGUUCACAUCUCCACUCAUCCUAACCGAGCAAUGCGCAGGUUGAUUCAUUGUAGACUUCUGAAUUGCUGUCUUCCAGCUCCAAAAACAACAGUUCACAAGUUAUUUCCGGGACUUCUUCAAAUUUGGCCGCUCUCCCCUUCAAGGUCAUUCCCUGGUGCACUUCUGGGCUGCUUUCUGCAAUGCUUCUGAUUUUACAACAUUUAACAUUAGGACACCAUGAAUUCCUGUCUCAGUAAGGAGUUCGACUGUAACAUGCUGAGGUGGAAAUAGCAUAACCUGCUCUGGCACCCAGUGCAAUCCCUUGUUGAGAAGAUUUGGCUCCCUGCAGCUUUUUCUACUUCCCCCAAAAUAAAAAUCAAGUCAAAGGGUGACUAUUUUAACACAUCGGUGAAGACGGCACGGGCACAAGUCUGAGCAGGAAAUAAAGAAAUGAAUAAAAAGCAGCCAUGCUAAAAGCCCUGCAGUGCUGUACAACAACAUGACCUUGACGGGGAGAUCAGGCAGAGUUUCACAGGUGAAGUCUUCAAACUCUGUGGUUGUACGUUGCAGUGACAACAAACUGGAACAAAAUCAAAUGUCAUUUUUAAGUUAAUAUCCAGUGUGAAAAGGCUUAAAAUUUCUCUUGGUGCUUCGCUUGCUCAUGUGGCUUCACCUUAACACACAUCCACCUCAGAUUCUUUUUUAGCUUGUGUGUAUAUAUACACACACACACACGGUUUUUUGUUUUGUUUUUUUAACUAGCAGCUAGCUUUGGAUUAGUCUAAAAGUGAGCAAAUGAGUCUGAUGCCUCAGACAGCAGUUUUAAUUGUUACGUUGUUGCCUAUGCUGGAAGGUCAGUUUAUUAGCACAUUAAACAGAAGAAAACUAUUAAAAAAUCCAGCUGUUACUCUUACAAGCAUGAACCAAUCAGAUGUUCCACAAAACAAAACCAGAAGUGUGAGCCAGUCAAAAUGUGGAGCAACACGAACAUCGUAAACUAAAGCGAAACGGGAGUCGGGAGGCUCAAAGCUGCCCAAUGAGCUCUCUGCUUUCCUUUCAACCUCUUAACAUGUGGUCCCCUUUGUUUCUUCUUCUUCUUCUUUUUAAUUUGCAGACGUGUCCUCUUGUACCAGAGUUCCCUCUUGGUUUUAUAGUACAGUUCUCUUAUACCUCAGGGGUUGUAAGUGAAAUUCUAUACACAUGCUACUUGCAUAGAUUUGAGAGGGAUUCGGUUUCUCUGUGUUGGGGGAGGGGCACAUUAUCCACUCUAGGCUGGAUUUGAUGUGCUGGUUCAUUCAGGAUAGGGCAUUGUUAAAGGUUCAAUGUGGGCUGUGGCUUAUGAGCAGUCUUAAUGUUCCUCUAAAGGAUUAUAAUCUGAGUGGAAUAUUGACCAUGUUGUCAUUAAAUUUAAUUUUAUUGAUUUUUUUCUUCCUAUUUUUUUUGGGGGGGGGGGGGUCUAUACUUUUAAUGUUCCUAUUGUUGUCGUUUCUGUUUCUCUCAGUAAAUACUCUACAUGGUCAAAUCCCUAAACCACCAGUUAGCGUUGUGUCUAACACCCUCUGACGUCGGAUGUUAGCUGCUUGUUGAGACACUAUUCAGUUACCAAACUGCAUCACUUCAUUCUGAGGUUCUUGGACAUUCCAAGUAAAUAAGUUGCCAGUGCCCCGUCUAAUGGAGGCUUGCGAGGACGGUAUAUAUUUUGACUUUUUACGCAUUUUCAAGAAGAAUGGCUGACAUGAGUAAGCUGAAUGUGGUGGUGUUUGACGUGUACUUAAAUCUGUAAGGGUAAUCUAGGCAGCUGUGAUGUUGUCAUUAAAAGUCAGUGGGUUUUUAGUACCAGCAGGCUGCAUACAGUACAUAUAGUUUUAUCAAACAAUGGUUGUGACAAGUGCAUUUGUUCUCUCUCUGAGAGUAGUAAUGUUAUCUCAGUAGUAAGCAAAGCCCAGUGAAAAUCAUAUAUACUAAAGUGUAUGAAAAAGCCAGAAAAGUAAUGUUUUGCUAUCAACAUAUUGGAAAGUGCUUGGCUCUUGUAUUUUGCAGGACUGUAUUUGUUUCAUGGUGAAGAGUAUAUUUAUUGGCCAGCAGUUGUCUCAAUUGGUGCCUAGUUGAACAUUCUCCUGUGAAAAUGCAGAGACACUCGCUCGUUUGUCCUUUCCCGACCCCGCCCACUGUCACGCAAACCGCCGCCAACCCGAACCCCAUUCCCACACACCCCUUUUCCCAAAAGUACCACUUCUGGUGCUUGCAAGGAUGUUUACAAUGUCUUCAUUUUCUUUCUGUGUGAGAAAUUCAGAUCUCUGUCCCCUCUCCUCAUUUCUCCCUCCCUUCAGGAGUUUGUGUAAAGUGUACAUUACCAUGGUUCUUUUUUAUACAAUACUCUGUAACUUGCCUUUGUAAAUUUGGGCUGGAAAAAAAUAAAUCUUUUUAUGAGACAAUC